AUGAUUUUUCGAGUUCGUGAUCCUCCAACCAGCAAUACUUCUGUUUGUGCACAAUCAACGUCUCAAAAGCCCACCAACAAUCAGCGAAGUCCCACUCCCGAGGCCUCAGAAGCUGAGCUUGAGUCAAUCGAGGCAGCACAAGUCGAUCCUACCAGGGCAAUCGGUAGGAAACGGUAUGAGAAGUUACGACCACAGUUGAGUUAUAUUGAAACGACUGAAGAUCCCUUUGAAGAAAUUGUUAUCCGUGCCGAAACCUAUUUUCCUGGUCUAACAAACAUCGUGAGGGAUCAGUCAAGUAGCUAUAUUGUGGAACAGGCCAAAUACGAACCUCCACUUUCUCUUCCUUCUGAACAGCACCCACUUUCACAAUCCAGACAACAGAUCCCAGCGAAUAGUUCUGCCAUUCGUCAAAACCCCUUCAACACAUCCAUCUCAAAGAGCAAGCGUCAGGGAGAGGAGGAACUUGAUCGGCGGAUCAUGAUGUAUUCUCGCGCAAAUCGCAAUCCGAACACUUGCUACGCCCAUAAUUUCCACCAGGACUCGCACCAACAGAGUUCUCCAGUCCACCAGGUCAUGCAUCAUGGAAAUUACUACGCUCAACAAUCCAUGGCCAACAACUUCCAGCCUCCAUUCACGUUCGAAUCAGACGUGGAUGAAAGGACAACCUACGACUACCGUGACUUUCAGGCGGCGCGUCAAAAAUUCGAGCAGCAUGGAUCACUCGAAACUCCCCUCCGACGUCUUGAUAUUCGACCGCAGCAUUCAAUCGUCGGCACAGUUAUGUCUAGUGGACCAAGUGAGAGUACAUUCAGUGUUGGCGGGGUGGGACGCAUCUGCCAGAUGAACGCUUCCAGCAACCAUCACCCCCCGCCCUUCCAGAACCCCUUGAAUCCCCAGCAUUCGCUGAAUCAGGAGAGUAGUGCUCUUGUCAGACGUGAAUCGCACAAUCCCUUUUCGAGGGAAUGUGGCUGCGGUCCGGGAACUGGUUGUGGGGUCCUGCCCGACACACCAAUUCACCGAGACCAAGGUAACCAACGAGAAGCCAUCAAAAAGUACCUCGUCUCCGAGGAGGUCGGACCGGGAGGGGUGAAGAGUGUUUUCAGCUUUCCGGACGGCAUGGAGCCAAGCGAUCUGACGCUUUUGCGUGCUGCGAUCUCAGCCAACCAGCCAAAAGACGCCUUCAUACCGGAGGACAAUGACGACUUAGAAGAACAACUAAAUCGUCAGCUUGAGAAGGCUUGCGUUGAUUCGCGAAGUCUGCAGUCGGUGUCCAAUCAAGCAUCACAGCGAUUACAAUCGCAGACGUCAAUGCCUAUCCAGCACAUCCAGACUGUCAGCCACGCCUCCGGCGCAAACGUAAUUCGAGGUGGUGGUGGUGGUGGUGGUGGUGGUGGUGGGGAUUUGAUGCAUAUGGUGGUUCAGCAUCACCACCAUCAGCGACCUAACAUCACUAAGACGGGGGAUCGAGAUACACAGGCCUUGUCGAACAGCAGAGCUGAAAACCCACUUGACACUCUGAUAUACAACGGAAUCAGUAACGACUUUGUUGGACCUAAUAGUCCGGGUCAGCUACCAGUUUUCUCCGGCUAUCCUAUAUAUCACCGUCACCACUGUCAGCUACAACCCAACACUGCCACCGCCACCACCACUAACAGCAGCAACAGUUGGCGCAUCUCUCCGGCGCACCAGCAGCAGGGAGUGCAGGGGAACUACCAAGCCCGCACCAUGUACAACUCAUCGAGGUUCGAUCCAAUGUCAACGGGAACAGGCCGAGGCCAAACUCAACCGACGCAUUUCACCACGGAUAGUCGAUUCAUGAUGGGAUGA